UACAGACUAUAACAUGUGGCUUUAAAAAGAAAACCAAAACAACGUAUAGUAAGAAAGACUCGGAACUCAUUUUCAAGCUGUUGAAUAUGAGCAGGUCCUACUCUACCCAUUUUCUGGUUACCUCUGGGAUGAUAGUUCCUGGUGAGGUUUUUUUUUUUUUUUUUUUCCUUCUUUUCCUGCAGUGUCAAGAGAAACAAAUCAUCCGACCUUUGGAUUUUCUUGCCUGCAUCUUAACUGACAGUUGAAAGUUCACAACUCAACUGCCAGUCCCUUGCUCUUUCUCCUCCCAUUUCCAUCUUUAAGUUUAUCUUGCUUCUUUGUUUUUUUCUCCCGUGUUUGUGUGGUGUUAUUCAUGACAGUAAAGCUAAUGAAUCCACAUAACUAUUGGUUUUUGGACGAUUGAGUAAAGUAGUUUCAGCAUAUAUGGGCACUUUUUACCUUGUGAGUUUGUAAGUAACUCAUUGUAAAUUAAAAAUACCAUAAUAAAAUGCAUUUAAUAUGCCCAAAGUAGCAAGUGCUAUAGCUUAGCCUACACAAACAUGUGUAGACCCCUGACAGUUGGACAAAAUCACAUAUCAGGGAGCUGGUUUCAUAAUAAGGUGCAGUUUACUGAAUGCCAUGUAAUAUACUGGGCAGUAUCACUCAUUUACUGUCAUGAUUGGGUGGCUGGCUGGGGGCUGUGGCUUGUGGCUGAAGCCCAACAUUUUGAAAUCAUACUACAUAUUGCUCACCUAGAAAAAGAUCAAAUUUCAAAGUUGAAGUGUCAUUCUACUAGAUUCAUACUGCUUUUGCACUAUCACAAACUGAACCGUAGGUUGAAUCCUCACAAAUUGAAAUUGUAUAUAUUGUUUAUAUGGAGAGGUACUCAGCCUUAGGGAAGAAAGAAAGGCAUGGCCAUUUGCAGCAGUGUGGAUUACUCUAAAGAACCCAGCUGCAGAAACACUGUCUAUAAUUGCAGGUCUAUGUGGAUUCUGAAAUACAGCUGCACACAGGGUGAGAGUAGAAUACUACCACCAACGAUUGGGUGGUAGAGGAAAAGGUGGCUUGUUUCCUGCAAACUUCCAGCCUCACACUGGGUAUGUUCUAGAACUCUACUGGACAGCAGCAGAGUCACUGUAACUAAUAGUGGUGUACUGUAUUCGCAACAGUGCUGAGGACACAUUACAUGAUUUUGCACAUGUAUAGCCGUGAGGAGAUGGCUAUGUUAGCAUGAUCGUGAUAGUUCUCAAUAUCAUAUUGUAUACCUGAGAUAUGUAAUUUGUACUUUAUCCUUUAUUACAGCUAGUGAAUAGUCAUCUUCACAAAUAUGUUUAUAACAGCAAAAUCCAUAAUGGUUUAAUUUUAAACCAUUGUCUACUUUUCUAUAUUCCCUAGAGUCCUUGUCUUAACUUUAACAGUUAAUGAGAUUGUAUUAUAAUUUUACUUACCAUUACAUACUUAUGUAGUCCUGCUAAUAAUAUUAAUAAUAAUAAUCACAUUGAAGUCCCCUGAAAUUCUCAUCUACUGAAGAAAAUUUGGGCUUGUUCCUUUAUGUAAAAAGAAAACAUUUUAUCUGGUUUUGACUAUUAGGAAUCAAACUUACUUUUGGACAUGUUCUUGGCUAACAUUUUAUUUUCUCUUAAAAUACUGCUUAGAGUCACUGGGUCACAGAGUAAUUGUAAUUUAUUUUAAACCUGUAUUUUUAAACACUUUAUUAAAUCAAUAAUAGCUAGCUGCAUAUGUAUCAGAAGAUGGCCAAGUUAGCCACCAUUGGAAAGAGAGGCCCAUUGGUCUUGCAAACUUUAUAUGCCCCAGUACAGGGGAACGCCAGGGGCAAGAAGUGGGAGUGGGUGGGUAGGGGAGUUGGGCGGGGGUAUGGGGGACUUUUGGGAUAGCAUUGGAAAUGUAAAUGAAGAAAAUACCUAAUAAAAAAUCAGUAAGAGCUGAGCUGUUUUCUAAGGAGGCUGAGUCAUUUUACAGUGGCAACAGCAAUACUUAGCAGUUUAGUGCUAACUUUUAAGGUUCUGAUUAUUCCAAAGGGUGUAAAUAGUUAUAAUUCAGUUUUGGCCCAUUGGUCAUGUUUCUGAGUACCAGCUCUUAACUGAAGAUGUGGAGUGUUUGUGUGUGUGUGUGUGUGUGUGUGUGUGUGUGUGUGUGUGUGUGCAGUAGAGGCAAGUAGGGCAGAGUGACAUGAUCCAAUGCUUAUCUCUUACAAGCUGUUCCCAGGGGCCUCUGGUACAGUUCCUAUCUGUAUAGUUUGGUACAGUUCCUAUCUAUCUGUAUAGUUUCCCCAGUGGAACUUUGCUACAUGCAGAGGUAUGAUCUUACAAUUUGUUGGACUUUGGACUUUGUUUGCCAUGAAACCAUAAUAUUAUAACUGAGACUUUCUGGACCUUGGUGAUAAUAAAUGAAGAUGAAACCCCCUACCCCCAACCACCCGGUACUCACUAGACAGCAAUAGAGAAGGGAUGUGUUCUAGACUGGGAGUUUAGAUGACAGUUACAAGUCAUGUGAUUUGAGAUAAGAUCACAAGACAUUAUAAAGGAAUAAGCAAGACAAGGAAAACUCUGAAUUUCAGGCCACCACUAAAAUUUGUGACUAUGAAGGUAAGCUGAAAUUAUUAACAAAAUAGUACCCCAGUUAAGUAGUGAAUGAAUAUAUUGUCCUGAAAGCAGACAAGCAACAGUACUAAAGUCCUUUCUGAGCACUGCUACAAAAUCUACAACCUCUUCUUUCCAGAUUAUUCUGGUAAUGAGAUCUCUGUGUUUCUAGAUGUAGAUUUUUUUAAUAAAAAGUAUGCUCAAAUUACAUCUAUAGGCAUUGUAUGGUUUUUGCACAGAUACUAUAGGGAACUGUAUCCAUGUCUAGGACAUACGGUAUUAUAGAAAAGAACAUAAAGGAACAUAGCAAAAGAACAAAUUAUAAAGAAAGAAGUCUGUAUGAGACCAGAGCACACAUCUAAGCUUUCUUCCUGGACACACUUAAUUUCUUCCAGCAACAAGUCCCUAAACCAUGUGAAUAGUCUGCCAGAAGUUACUUGUAAGACUUAGAUUGUAGUGUUAGAUUAUACCACUCCACUUUGCUUUAUUUAUUUAUUUUUCUUCUUCUUCUUGUUAAAGGAGAUUACGGGACCCACUGGUUGCUGUGUACUAAGAUUCCUGGCACCCAGAUUGCAAGCAGAUUGAAAUGUGUUCAGCGUAAAAUACAUUUAUUCAAACACUUUAGACACAAGGGAUGGCUCUUAAUAAAGAACAGUGGAAGCAUUGUUGAAUUCUAGUUGCUCAGACACUAGUCAGGGACCAAUGUGUAAGCAGUCUUUUCAAGGGUGAGUCCAAGCCGUGUUUGCUCCUUUGUGACUGAGUCACCUCACUCAGGAUGAUAAUUCUCAAGUUCCAUCCAUUUAAACACAUCCAAAGCAAAAAGAAAACUGAAUUUAGGCGAGUGUAGGGUAUGGUCAAAUCUCUAUCCUAUAAAAGCCUUCUUGAAGCCUCGGUUUUUACUAUCCAAGUUUGUCUUUUGCACCGGUGGGUGUGCCCUCUAAACUCGGAUCUUCCUAAAUGUUUGGGUAGAGCUUAGCUGGGGAACUGACUCAUCCUAGCACUCUUUCGGCAAAGCGUAGGCACUCAAUCCUGAAUGAAUGAAUGAAUGAACGUGUAGAAAGAAGGCGGAAAAGGGGUUCGUUUUUUCCGAGAUGUGACAGACUAGCGCGUAGUCACGACAGCCACAAAGCAACAAGACCCAAACCUUUCUGGACAGAUGCCCCACUUCCCCCAGGCUCUCGUAGCAAACCCAGCCCUGCAGACUACGCCCCGCCCACCCAGCAGCCAGACUUAGGAAAGACUGGCUGCCCGGAAAACCGGAAGUGCUGGUAAUUCCCUGCGCAUGCGUGUCCGCCUCGGCUCGCACUUCCUACACUCGGUCAUCCAGUGAGGAAGCCGGGCCGCUCACCCGACGCAGCGGGGUCUUCGCCCGCCCCGCCCCUCACCCACUGCGCAUGCGUCCUGACUGGCUUGUGCGCCUGGAGGCGGGGCGCCAGGGCAGUUUUUUUUUUUCUCCCCUUCGCUCCCGCCCCUGCGCUUCCCACCUGCCACGUACGGGACCGUGGCUGUCGCUAGGCUCGUCGGGUGCGUGCGAUUGGCCAGCUCUGCGCAGCCUGCAGCUCGGCGAGGCUCGGCGGACGGCGGCGGAGCGGACGGGGUUUGGAAGCCUCCUCUGCGACACCGAGUGAGCCCGCAGCGGCCGGGUCAGCUGAGGUGGACGGCCUCGGCAAGCGGGUUUUUUUUUCCCCUAGAGUUGUAUAUAUAGAGCAUCCUGGACUCCACAAUGAACGGACAGUUGGACCUAAGUGGGAAGCUGAUUAUCAAAGCUCAACUUGGGGAAGAUAUCCGACGAAUUCCCAUUCAUAAUGAAGACAUUACUUACGAUGAAUUAGUGCUAAUGAUGCAGCGAGUAUUCAGAGGAAAGCUUCUGAGUAAUGAUGAAGUUACAAUAAAGUAUAAGGAUGAAGAUGGAGAUCUUAUAACAAUUUUUGAUAGUUCUGACCUUUCCUUUGCAAUUCAGUGUAGUAGAAUACUGAAACUGACAUUAUUUGUUAAUGGCCAGCCAAGACCCCUUGAAUCAAGUCAGGUGAAAUAUCUUCGUCGAGAACUGGUAGAACUUCGAAAUAAAGUGAAUCGCUUAUUGGAUAGCUUAGAACCACCUGGAGAACCAGGACCUUCCACCAGUAUUCCUGAAAAUGAUACUGUGGAUGGCAGGGAAGAGAAGCCUGCCGCUUCUGACUCUUCUGGGAAACAGUCAACUCAGGUUAUGGCAGCAAGUAUGUCAGCUUUUGAUCCUCUGAAAAACCAAGAUGAAAUCAACAAAAACGUCAUGUCAGCAUUUGGAUUAACAGAUGACCAGGUUUCAGGCCCACCCAGUGCCCCUACAGAAGACCGCUCCGGAACACCUGACAGCAUUGCUUCUUCCUCCUCAGCAGCACACCCAGCAGUUCAGCCGCAGCAACCUCCCUAUGCAGGAGCUCAGACACAAGCAGGUCAGAUUGAAGGUCAGAUGUACCAGCAGUACCAGCAGCAGGCUGGCUACAGUGCCCAGCAGCCUCAGGCCCCUCCUCAGCAGUAUGGUGUUCAGUACUCAGCUAGUUACAGCCAGCAGACUGGACCCCAACAACCUCAGCAGUUCCAGGGAUAUGGCCAACAACCAACUUCCCAGGCACCGGCUCCUGCCUUUUCUGGCCAGCCACAACAACUGCCUGCUCAACCACCACAGCAGUACCAGGCGAGCACUUACCCUCCACAAACGUAUACUACCCAACCAUCUCAGCCUGCCAACUAUACUGUUCCCCCUGGCUCUCAGCCUGGAAUGGCUCCAAGCCAACCUGGUGCUUACCAACCAAGACCAGGUUUUACGCCAUCUCCUGCAAGUACCAUGACCCCUCCUUCUAGUGGGGCUAACCCUUAUGCUCGUAACCGUCCUCCUUUUGGUCAGGGGUAUGCCCAACCUGGACCUGGUUAUCGAUAAGGAGGUUCAGCCACACUAAUAAUAAUGGCUGAUUGCCUCCCAAAAGACUAUACAAUACUAUUUUGUUUCAAUUUGUAUUGUAUUGAAGUUUAAAAAUUUAAAAAGCAGAGCAUUUUUUUAUGAUAUCAUUGUUGCUGUUAAUUGAAAAUAUAAUUUACCAGAAUACAGACACAAAAAGACCAAAAUGAAUAUUGUUUCCUCCCCUGCUUAAAAUUGUAGCCGCUUCCUAGUUAUUUUGGAACACUACUCUUACAUGCGUGUAAAAUGAUUGGCUUUCUAGUUUCCCAGAGAAUAUUAAAAAGCUAGGCUAAGGUAUAGCCAUCACACUUGGCUAUUUACUGUUAACAUGAUGUACUAAAAAUAGAGCCCUCUGAGAAGAUGACUAGACAUUAUGUAUAAAAUGUAACAUUGAUAGGCUAAUAAAGGUGAUUGAAUCCAA